AUGGCGACAAACAAGAAACAGCAACAAAAGCAGCAGCUGAGCAUGGCAGCUAGUGCGAUAGCUCUUCGCGGGGUUCAUUUGUUCCUGAGCGCCGGACGGGCCGCCGCCGAAAGACGGGCUGCCACUGCCAUACAUGCUCCCGCACCUAGGAAACCUCGUCUCAAGCCAGUACUGCCCACACACAAACUGCAGCAAAAAACAGUAGAACUGCUGCUAAAGACUACUAAAUUUAACAAAAAUGAACUGGAGGCUCUAUACGUGAUGUACAGAAAGAUAGUUAAUAGCGCUCAGACAACAAUUUCGUCAUCCGCUAUCGGUCAACCGCCUGCUAAAUUUGACGGUAUAGAUCUAUGCACAUUCCGAGAUUUAAUGCACAACACGUUCGAUCUGGUCACGGAGGAAAUGGUCCUGGAGAGGGUUUGGGCGACUUGGGAAAGGGGAGCCGGUGGUGGAGAGGGGGCGAUCAAGUUCGAAGCGUGGGCUCGUGGACUCAGCAAGUUGUUGAGAGGAACGGAUGAGGAGAGACAGAUACAUUGCUUCUCUGUGUAUGAUCUGAAUGCCGACGGCUUCAUCACUAGGGACGAAAUGUUUUUGCUCUUGAAGAAUUCCCUUUUAAAGCAGCCAGGCGAUGAAGACCCUGAUGAGGGUGUGCGAGAUCUGGUGGAGUUAGUAUUGAAGAAACUUGAUGUGGACAAUGAUGGGAAAGUGUCUCUGGAUGAUUAUAGGUUAGCGGUAGAGCAAGAACCGUUGCUGCUGGAAGCCUUCGGCCAAUGUCUACCUUCAAGACGACAAGCGCUUGCUUUUCUUAAGACUUUAACUAACAAAUGA